UGCCACUCCUCCUAUGGUUCUUGAGCCCACGAACCAAGUAUAAAUAGAGGACUAACUCGAACAAGAUAUCCAUCAGUGCGUUCACAUCUGGACAAUCGUAUAGACACAGAGAAUUCCUUCUAGUAUCAACAUGAAAUUCCUCAUCAUCGCCGCUUUGGCCGUCGUCGCCUUGGCUGAUAAUCCUUACUAUCCCAAACCAGCAUAUUACCCGAAGCCAGCCUACCCAGCGCCUGCCUACCCAGCGGCUUAUGAAAAAUCUUAUGAUUAUCCUCCCAUGCCCUACACUUUCGACUGGGCCGUUUUGGAUGAACCAAGCUACAACGACUUUGGCCACAAGGAAAACAGCGAUGGCAAAGUUGUUGAUGGAACCUACUACGUCGUCUUGCCCGACAGCCGCAAACAAGUUGUCACCUACAAGGCCGACGAUUACGGUUACGUCGCCGAUGUGAAAUACGAAGGCGAGGCCAAAUACGACGAAUACAAGCCCGCCUACAAGCCCGCCUACAAGCCCGCAUACGCUCCUCCAGCCUACCCUAAAGCUGCUUACUCUCCUCCAGCUUACCCUAAAGCCUACCCUGAGCCAUCUUACCCAUCUUAUCCCAAGCCCACUUAUCCAUCUUACCCUGCUCCAGCCUAUCCUUCAUACCCCAAACCAUCUUACCCCAGCUAUCCUCGUCCAGCAUACCCCAGCUACCCUCGCCCAGCAUAUCCCAGCUACCCUAAGCCAAGCUAUCCCGCUCCAACCACCACCGAAGCUCUCGUACCAUCAGUUGCUGCUGUCGAAGAAGUUGUUGCAGCUGAGCCAAUAACCAAAGACGAAACUGUUGCUGAAGUUGCCGUUGAGGCUGUUGCCGAAGUGGCCGCAGAGCCCGUCGCCGAAGUUGCCGCAGAGCCCGCCGUCGUAGAGGCCGCUGCUCCGGCUGCUGAGCCAGAGACUGCUACUGACGCAACUGCUUAAAUCGAAAAAAGGAAAAUAUAUAGGCGUGGAAUUAUCUUAUAUCAUUCAGUUAAUAUAAAUUAUUUGCCAAAUUAGAAGGAAUACAUACUCACAAAUUUCGGAAAUAA